AUGACACCAGCUUCAAGGAUAGUUGUCAAUGGUGCAGUUGGAGGUUAUAUCAGGCAAAAGACACCCACACAAAUUCUAGAAUUGAUCGAGCCUAUGGCAAGGAUGGAGAAUGAGUGUAUAGCAGCUCAGCCAAAGAGAGGAGUCCUCCAAUUAGAAAAUAAUGAUGCCAACAAAUUUGAAAAGCUUCAGUCAUCUACAGCUCAAGUUAAAUCAGUAUCAUGUGAAUACUGUCAAGGAGGGCAUGAGACUAAUGAGUGUAAUGUACUCACAGGAGAAGAUCCAAUUCAAGUUAAUGGGAUCUGGUAUGAUGAGAGAACUCAGCAGAAUCCUCCAAGAAAUCAGAACAAUGCUGUGGGGAAUACCUUUAACCCCAGGUGGAAGAAUCAAAGAGGUCUCGAUUACAAAUCAAAUCAUUAUUUAUGGCCUCCACCAAUUCCACAAAGUCAGCCAUCUGAGUUAGAAAGAGCUUUGCUGCAGUUGACAAACACCACCGAUGAAUUCAUGCAAGAGACCAAAUCCACUUUCAGGAAUCAAGAAGCAUCUAUAAGGAAUCUGGAAAUUCAAAUUGGGCAGUUGUCAAGACAAGUACCUGAGAGAAGUCAAGGAACAUUCCCCAGUGAUACCAUAAUCAACCCAAAGGAGCACUGCAAUGUCAUCACUACUAAAAACGAGGAUCUAAAAAAAGAGGAAGUUGAAGUUUCUAUAAGCAAGGAUGAACAAGCUCAAAAGGAUAAAGAAAAAGCAAAGCAGCAACCUCCUGCAAUUCAAAAGAAUCAAUGGGAUUUCUCACAAACUUUGGAGCAAUUGCCUUCAUAUGCCAAGUUCCUGAAGGAGACAUUAUCUAAGAAGCGAAAGCUCACAGAGGAUGAACCAGUUACACUAACAAAGGAGUGCAGUGCAAUCUUACAGAAAAACUUGCCUCCAAAGUUGAAGGAUCCAGGAACCUUCAGUAUUCUAUGCACCAUUGGCAAGACGACUAUAGAGAAAGUCUUAUGCGAUCUUGGUGCUAGCAUCAAUGUGAUGCCACUAACCUUGAAGGAGAAGCUAGGAAUUAAUGAAGUGAAGCCAACCAGGAUGAAUGUUCAAUUGGCCGACUGCUCAACAAAGCAAGCACAUGGCAUUGUGAAAAAUGUGCUUGUCAAGUAUGCCUAUGAUCUUCGGGAGGCCAUUCUUAGCAACCUCAGGAGCGUUAACCGAUGUACCUAA